CUUGAUAAAAUUAUAAAUUAUCAAGGGUUAUAAUUUAACUUGGUAGAGUGAUAGAGACAAAGUUUAUCGGAUACCGUUAUUGAAAUUAUUCUGAUUAGAUAGGGGAAAGUGGUUAGAUCAUUUCCUUCUUUGUGUAACAUGAAAAUAUUUAUUACUAUUAGAUGUAUACAUUGGAUAACUCAGAUCAUUUACUGUGGAUUCGUAAAAAGAGGAUAAUAUAAUAUAUGUAUCAGUGAGAGAGUCUGUUUUAUCAUAGUGAAAUAACGGGACGGUGCCAACACGUAGUUAAUUAAACGAUAAUAAUCAACUCUAAAAUUGUUAUUUUUAAUUAAUUUAGUACAUACUGCCGAAAAAAGGAAAAUACAACUAAUAUUUGUAUGAUAUAAAACUAGGAAUAUUUACCAAAUAAGCUUAAGAUCUUUCUAUGUUAAGUUAUACUGACACAUAAUUAUUGUAGAAAACGUUAAAAACAACAGAAGUAAUAAAUGUCUGACACAUUAUCGUUUCGUAGCUCCAACAAUGUUACAACGGAAAAUCCAUGGCCAUCAAAAGAUACUGGCAAUGUCACCACGGAAGAAUGUGAGAGCCGAAUAGAAAAUACCGUCUCGGACUAUCUUUGGAAAAUAUGUCCACCCAUCUUGUUUUGUUUUGGAUUAACAGGAAAUAUCCUUACAAUAUUAGUAAUCAAACGCCUUGGAUUUCGAAAACAACCGACCCUGACAUUUCUUCUGUGUUUGGCGAUAAGUGAUAUUUUCGUUUUGUGUACUGGGCUCCCGAGAUACUGGAUUCUCUACGUUUUUCAAUAUGACUUGAGAACGGCAAGUAAUGCCAACUGCAAACUUUAUUAUUUCUUUCUAUAUAUGACAAUGCAGUUAUCAUCUUGGAUUCUUGUUGGAGUCACUGUAGAAAGACUUAUCAAGGUAUAUUUUCCAAUGAAGUAUCGGGGUCUAUUCAGUUAUAAAACAGUUAUCAUUGGUUUGUUUGUAACAUUGUUCAUUUUAGUAUUAGUAAAUGGACAUUUUUUCUUUACUAAUGGUAUAAACAAUUAUACUGAAGGCGAAUGUGGUUCACUUAACCCAGAAUUCUUCUAUUUCGACGAGAACAUCUUUACAUUCAUUGACUUCUCAAUUCUAAGCGCAGUUCCGUUCAUUAUCAUGUUGAUAUGUAACAUUCUUCUCAUCAGAGUUCUGAGAAAAGUUCAGAAGGAAAGAGCUUCGAUGAUGCAUAAAUCGGUAUAUCAACGGACAACUAGGUUUAGUGUUAAAAUGACGAAAAUGUUAGUGGCGUGUACAUUGUACUUCUUAAUUGCUACAGCACCAAUUUCUAUCUAUUUUAUACUUGAUACUUACUUGUUACCGGUUUACGAACAGGAAAACAACUGUGCAGCAGUUUCCAGAAUGGACCUAGCCUGGAGUAUCACGUACAUUCUUCAGUUUUCUAACUCGUGUAUCAAUUUCUACCUUUACACAGCGACAAAUGACAGAUUUUACAAAGAACUCAAAGCCUUACUACGAUGUCGUCGAAGUUUACGCAUGAUGAGGGUAUAUAGUACUCAGCACAAUGGCAGCAGUGGUCGUAAACUGGCACAAUCGGCCUUGUCGACAAGCCAAGGUCUGGACCUUUCUCAGUCGGAGGAAAAUAGUCAUUUAUAGAUUAGAGAUGUAGUAAAAUGUCGGAAGUACAAUAUGAAUCUCUGAAAAAAAAAUGGAAUUUUUUAAGCUUUUAUAUUUGAUUUUAUAUUAUUUGCCAGAUAAUGUACUAGAAAGUCUAAGAGUUAUCACUUAGUAAAAUUUUAGGUUGUUAGUUGUUAAGUGGUAAAACAUAACCCAAUUUGAACAUAGUAUUACGUUACUUGUCUUGAUAUUCAUUAAUUACAUUUUAGGGUUAACCAAUUAACACACCAUUUUGCUGUUUGCUGAAUUGUUGUUUCAAACAAUAAAACGGUAAUAAGAGAAUUUUUUUUGCAUGUUCCAAAUUGCCGGUACACAUCUAAACGGCGACAUGUUACAUGCUCGACUUUUUAUUCUAAAAGAGCAUGGUACGGAAGCGAGGUCUUGUAUUUUUGUUAACUAUUUGAAUGCAUCAUGUUUAUAUAUUUAUUUCUUUGUCUUGUUUUAACCAAAUUGGAAAUAUGAGAAAAAAUGUUUAAAGCGUGAAAAAUAACUAUUAAGAAAUGGAAAACCUUUUAAUUGGGUAAUUUUGCGCUUUUUUAUUGUGAGUCAUUUACAUGUAUAAUGUGUUUUAUUGUAACUGUUGUUGUUAUUUAUAAUUGUUAUCUUUGGUUGAUAUUGUGCAAUAAAUGUA